CAUUUUUUUUAAUUAGUGCUCCUAUUGAACAUAAAUAUUAUGCAUAACGUUAGUACAUAAAUUCACUUAUAUAAUAAAUAACUUUUAGUAUAAAAAUGUUUUUCGAUUCAAUUUUUUAUUUUAAUGUUGUUUCAAAAUCAUAUAUUUUUUUAACUGCCUAUUCUAAAAGACUUUUUAAUAAAAUAUAUUUUCUUUUUCCAGCUUAUACAAAACAGAUGCUGCCAUAUAAUACUAGCAACUGGAUUAAGCCCAGAAUACCAGAAGAUAUUCUACAUUUGGAAAACACUGAUGAUAAAGCGCCAUCUGUUAGCUCUAACAGAAUUUCGAAAGAUCAUCCUCUGAGAUUAUCAGGUGGUAUGAAAGAUCAUUAUCCUGUGGCAAUUCCACCCUCUGGGCGUAAGAAAUUUCCAACUAGAGUUUGCAGAGUAUGCAAAGCCCACAGCCAGAGACGUGAGACGCGUUAUGUAUGUAAAUUAUGCAAUGUUGCAUUGCAUGCGGGGGAGUGUUUUACAAGAUAUCAUACCUUAAAAAAUUAUUAGUAAAUAAUGUUUUUCUAUUGCAUUUGGAGAUGUAUUUUGUUGCAUGUAAUAUAUU